AUGCAAAUCGCGACAUUUUUAAUUUAUUUCGUUUUUAAAUAUUGGGCAAACAACCGGAAACGAAUAACAAAACCCGGAUAUAGGAAAAUGUGGGAUUUGAUGUUUUUCUUAUCGAUAACCUUUUACAAUAUUUUAUUUUUAAUUAUUCCUGCUUACGUCAUCAUGCAUGAAAGGCUUGCCAUUGCAAUAUCAUUUUCACUUUUGAUGGAACAAAUACGAUUCAUUAUGAAAACUUAUUCAUUUGUGAGAACGAAUUCAAAAAUCCGUUGGAAAAUCGUCAUGAAACAUUUCAUUGAAAUAAUUGCGGUUAUUUUUUAUCUGUCUUUCAUAUGGGAAAAUUAUUUAAUACCAUCGGUUAAAAAUUUUGGAAAAAUAAAAAUAACAACAGAAGAAUUAUUGAUUAUUUUUUUUAAUAAUAACGUUCCAUGCGUUUUUGUUUUCCUUUGCGGUUUUUAUUCUUUUUUACAUUCUUGGAUGAAUGCAUUUGCUGAAAUUUUACGUUUUGCAGAUAGAAUGUUCUAUCAGGAUUGGUGGAAUUCUUCUUCUUUUGCCGAAUAUUAUAAAACAUGGAAUGUCGUCGUCCAUGAUUGGUUGUAUGCGUUUGUUUAUAAAGAUGGUACGGAAAAUUUAACUAAAAAAAAAACAGUUUCCACGUGGAUGGUGUUCAUUAUAUCCGCACUCUUUCACGAAUACAUAUUAGCAUUUACAUUUAAAUUUUGUUAUCCAGUACUUUUUAUCGUUUUUGGAAUUAUCGGGACUUGUUUGGUUUUUAUACCUAAAAAACGUGAGUCGGUAAUUGGUAACAUGCUUUUAUGGUUGGGAAUUUUUCUCGGUACCGGAUGUUGUGGUAGUUUAUACAUGUUAGAAUAUUAUGCAAGAAUUAAUUGUCCUCAAUUAAUUAAUUCUCCAAUAAAAGAUUUUUUCACACCCAGAUCAUGGACGUGCAGUCAUUCAGGUACGAGUUAA